CGCUUAUUUAAUACCAAUACCAUCUUUUUUCCUUUUUGGAGGAAAUUCAUGUACCCUGUUGGACAAACACAAAAAAAAAAAAAGCAUGUUGCAGGCACGUUCCACAUACACCGCUCUUCACCAUGGCUCGAUCGACAGCCGGAAACACAGCUCGCAUGCACCACAAUUUCGACUGUCGAUGACCAUAUGUCUCGUUCUCACUUUGGGUCCCUUGGCUUUUACUCCAUUUUAUGACUCUUCUCGAUCCUCUGUCUCCUUAUGCCUUGCAGCGCCGGCGCUCUGGACACCUGUCGCAGAUGUGCUUGAUUCUCUAUUUCACAAACCUCAGGAACAAGAUGACAUGAAGGCAAUAGGUAGCAGAGAGUCUAUUCCUACUGUUGAUGCUACUCCUGGGGUUAAUACACAAACAAUAAUAGGCGAAGAACAGGACGGUCGAGCUGUGCCGACAGCCAACGACUUUGGGGUGAUUCAACUCGACCUUGAAGGCGAUCCCAACUGCGACUACACAACCAAGGUCAGGAUAGCAGGUUUGGAGUACAACGUGAUAAUCGACACCGGAAGCGCGCAUUUUGCAAUUGCCUCAAACGCGUGUCGCGACUGUAUCAUUCCUCACAAGGAUCAUUAUCGACCAAACGAGGAGGAAGCGAUCCCCAUCGAUGCUGAUACGGAAUUGCUGGGCAGUUCUGCCUCCCAUGCGGAUUCUUCGCUCUCGGCUGAACAGGAUAUCCUGCUAAAUCUCCUGAAGCAGGACAUGAAGAGCAUGCCACGUAUCAAUUCUAUUGACAGCGUAGGACCGUCAUCUUUGGGAUCCACAGAGACAAUACAACAGACAACCAUCACUGCGACUGAGACACCACAUUCCAUAGCUUCGACAGUGGAUAUCGACCUUAUGAGCACCGGUCCUUCCCCAACGUUAUCAUCAUCUAGUCCCUUAACAACUACACGUAUUGUGGACGCCGCGAUAUCCUCGCUGCCUACGGUUCCUUCACUAUCCAAACUACCAACUCCACCCUUACUAUUUGCACUUUCCUCAUCAACUAUGGUGUCUUUUCAUGAGAGGGUUAAGAGUAACUUUCCCGAUCUUGCGGAUCGAUUAGAAGCAAUACACUCGUUCCUACUGGAUUAUUUUGGGACUCCUGCCGUAGCCACUACCAUAACGACUGCCGCCAACAUGGCCAGUUCUGCGCCAAUAGUCGACAGGGCCUCUAACGUUAUUCGCAACCCACUCUCGAUCAAUGAUACAUCAUACACAAUACCUGCACCGAGCUUAGCGACGACCUUUUCGACUACAGUCUCACCCCACUUCAAGCGACUCAAGGGCACACAGCGACCAGAAAGCCGCCUCGCAGCUGCUCCAGCCGAGAACCUGUACCCGCUGUCAGCAGCCUCGAUUGAAAACGGUGAGCCUGUGCGCGUCAGCUAUGGGAUCAAAUCGCAUUCUGUCGGAUGGAGCGGUGUCUUGACUUCAGACCUAAUGACUUUGGAGAUGGCCAAGGUCAACCCCCAGGGCAUCGUCUCCGAUACCGUAGAAGGCGGCACAGGGGAACUUCUAGAGACCAGUGGUACGAUGGAGAAGGAGACCAAUGUUGAGUUUGCAGCGAUCAUGGAGAACAGCGGGUUCUUCAGCCAGGAUUGUGGUGCGCAACACGGGAUCUGGGGUCUUGGGUAUCGAUCGUUAAGUAUGGAUCAAAGACCUACUUUGUUUGAUACGCUCUCGGCGUCGAUGAAGAUUCCGAAUGGAUUUGCCCUUCAACUCUGUGGGAGAACGACGAACACGACGAAAUCGGGGAACAUGUUCUUGGGUGGUUACUCGUCUGCACAUCUGGAGGGGCCGAUGCAAUAUGUGCCGUUGGUGAGGAAGGAUUGGUAUCAGGUUCAGUUGGACGGGUUCAAGGUCAUGGGCGGGGUUGUACAGGGAAUGCAGAACCUGAACUUGCCAAAGACGAUCGUUGAUAGCGGGACGACCAAUAUCCUGAUGAGCCAUUAUAACCUACAGUUUCUGAUCCAGUCCCUGGCCCAGUCGCAGGUGGUGCGGUUCUCAAAGUUGAUUCCGGAGCAGGAUGUGGACAACUUUUGGUUCAGGAAUGCGGUCCUGCGGUUACCGAGAUCCAGUUUUCAGGUAUCGACGAGGGCAAGGGCGGUUGAGGUUGUUAUAUCGGGGGUGUCGAUCCCGAUCUAUACGUCUAGUUUUCUGAGGAUAAGGCCUGUCCCUGCUGGCCAGGCACCGGAGGGUUACGUCGAUUUCUGGUGGCAUGGAUUUGGGUCGAGCACAUCUCCGGAUGCGAUUGAAGCCGAGGCGGUCAGCGGUGGUGCAGUGUUACCGGGGAGUGUGGGUACCAUCCUGGGAGAGACUCUCUUUUCUGGAAAGGUGGUCUAUUUUGAACGGGGACGAGAAGAUGCUGAGCCUGGCGACGCAGAUUUUGGUCGGAUUGGGUUUGGUCGUGGCAAGAAUUGCUUUGCGUCUGGAAAGCAUGCCUCGGUCGAUAUUUUGGCUAGUGGAGGCGAGUUGGCUGAAGUUGAGGGACUCAGCCCGGUGCGUGUGGUGGCAACAGGUGGGGCGAAUGGUAUGAUAAAGUCAGGAGGAGGGUCUAGUCCGGUUCAUGCGGCGGGUACCCAGGAGAAGGGGCGCAAUGGUGGUAGUGGCAGUGACGACGCAUGGUCACCAUCGAGGUCGCAUAAUCAUCCCCUUGCGACACCCAUUCGGUUGAUGGGUAGCGCCUCUUGCUCCCUCAAGCAUGGUGUGAUGGGCAAAGCAGUAGGCUGGCUGCUUGUAGCGGUCGUUGCAGCCCUUCUUUGAACUAGGCUAAGCACCGGCUGGACCCAGCCACUGAAAAUAACAAUAUAUAAAAAAAGCUACACACUGCCGCGCCUUACCUGAUGUUGUUCGAGUGUAUGAAAUACGCGUAGUGUCCACGUUCAUCCCUAUGCAAGUUCAGGUCCAAGUCCACGUCGUAGUCUGUCGGAGGCUACGAUGAUGAAGGCAGAGUGGAGGGUCCAUGUGUGCGAGGUCCUUUUUUGGGC